UGUCUCUCUGUUUUUGUUUCUUUCUUUGUGGUCUCUUUCUCUGUCUCGCUGGACAUUAAAUACACAAAAGAGGCUAAAAUAUUGGGCUUCUGCUUUAUUGGUUUGGGCGGAAGAUUACCGGGUUUCGAUGGCGACGAAUGAGGGAUUUGGGGGGGACCAUCUCACAGGGGAAAUUAGUUUCUCCCAGUUAUUGUUGGCAGAUGAUGAUAGCGAUGUUGCUGUAGCUCUUGAUGUGGACCGGUCCUUGAAUUACUCUGUUUUUUCCUCCGGAAAGCCUCCCAAAAUGCUCUGCUUCGGGAACUGCGAUCAGCAAGAAGCGGAGCAAGUAUAUCCUGAAACUAAAAGGACUCCCCAGAAAUCAGGGGUCACGCGGAGUGACUCCUCCUCAGCUUCUUCCAGCAACAACGGCAGUAUAAACAUGUUGUCAAAAUCUGUUAAAAAGAGAAUUGGGUCGGGCCAGGAAUCCGUGCAGUGCACCAACACCAUCACCCCAGCUGUGGUGACAGGUCAGAGAACAUCUAAAAAGACGAAAAUGGAGAAUCCCACGCCGGUCGGCCAUGCAAAGAGGAAAGAGAAGCUAGGAGAAAGAGUCGCAGCAUUGCAGCAGCUUGUUUCUCCCUUCGGCAAGACAGAUACAGCCUCAGUGCUGCACGAAGCGAUGGGAUAUAUCAGGUUUCUGCACGACCAGGUUCAGGUUCUGUGCUCCCCUUACCUUCAGCGACUGCGCUCUUCACCGGAACUCCUACCUCUACCUGAUGACUUGAGGGGCAGAGGGCUGUGCCUGGUUCCAGUGGAAUGCACCGUACAUGUGGCGAAUAGCAACGGUGCUGAUUUUUGGUCGCCCGCUGCCAUGGGGAGCAAGGUUACGUUGUCAACAAAGCAGUGAGAAUACUGGUGUCAAACUCUGCUUUUUUGUUAAUGGCGGCCCAUAUCCUUUUCUUUCUUGGCAAUAUGGUGGCCAAAUUUCACUCAGUAAUCUGAUAAUAUGUAAAGGCAGAAGGGUUUUGAACAAUGACAGAAAUGGUGAAAAAAGAAAAGAAAAAAACAAAGCAUUAGGGAGACAGCUUGCUAGGAGAAUCAAAGCUGGCGCAUGGUUAGGAAGGAAAUAGUAGCUGAAAAAAAAGUUUUGUUUUGUUUUUUUCGAUUCCUGGGUACUUUUAAGAGGAAAGUAAUGCAUUUUUCCUUUCGAUCUUUAAGAGGAAAGUAAUGCAUUUUUCCUUUCCA